ACUCGGCUGGCCGACUAGUUUUUGACAACAACGACUUGGUUAAGAAUGCUAAUAUAGUAAAUAAUCGCCUUAACUAUAUUAUUUCAACGUUAUUGAACUGUUUGUUUAUUUUCUACAUUUAUAAAUCAUGGAACCCUCCGCGCCGAAAAGCAAACUUAAAAAGCUGAGUGAAGACAGUCUGACAAAACAACCGGAAGAAGUGUUUGAUGUCCUGGAGAAAUUGGGUGAAGGUUCCUAUGGAAGCGUGUUCAAGGCCAUCCACAAGGAGUCAGGUCAGGUGGUGGCCAUCAAGCAGGUUCCUGUUGAGUCGGACCUGCAGGAGAUUAUCAAGGAGAUCUCCAUCAUGCAACAGUGUGACAGUCCUUAUGUGGUGAAGUACUAUGGCAGUUACUUCAAAAACACAGACCUUUGGAUUGUCAUGGAAUACUGUGGAGCUGGCUCUGUCUCUGACAUCAUCAGACUGCGCAACAAAACACUUACAGAGGAUGAGAUCGCCACUAUCCUGAAAUCUACGCUGAAGGGUUUGGAGUACCUCCACUUCAUGAGAAAGAUCCACAGGGACAUCAAGGCAGGAAACAUCCUGCUCAAUACAGAGGGACACGCCAAACUGGCUGACUUUGGAGUGGCCGGACAACUGACUGACACCAUGGCAAAACGAAACACUGUGAUCGGUACUCCUUUCUGGAUGGCGCCUGAGGUGAUUCAGGAGAUUGGCUACAACUGUGUGGCUGACAUCUGGUCCCUGGGCAUCACAUCUAUAGAAAUGGCAGAGGGGAAGCCCCCUUACGCUGACAUCCACCCCAUGAGAGCCAUCUUCAUGAUCCCCACUAACCCUCCUCCGACAUUCAGAAAGCCAGAGCUUUGGACAGACGAUUUCACAGACUUUGUUAAAAAGUGUCUGGUGAAGAACCCAGAGCAGAGAGCAACCGCCACACAACUCUUACAGCACCCAUUCAUCAGCCAGGCCAAGCCUGUGACCAUCCUGAGGGACCUGAUCACUGAAGCCAUGGAAAUGAAAGCCAAGAGACAACAGGAACAGCAGAGAGAGCUGGAGGAAGAGGAUGAUAACUCUGAGGAGGAGACUGAGGUAGAUUCUCACACCAUGGUGAAGUCGGGCUCUGAGGGAGCAGGUACCAUGCGGGCCACCAGCACCAUGAGUGACGGGGCCCAGACCAUGAUUGAACACGGCAGCACCAUGCUGGAGUCGGACCUAGGCACCAUGGUCAUCAAUAGUGAUGAUGAAGAGGAGGAGGAAGACCAGGGAUCUAUGAGGAGGCAUGCCACGCCCCAGCAGCCUAUACGCCCAUCCUUCAUGGACUAUUUUGACAAGCAGGACUCUAACAAGGCAGCCCAGCAGCAGGAGAACUACAACCACAACCAGCCCCAGGAGCAGCCUGGGUACCACAUCCAGGCAAAGAACGUCUUCCCCGACAACUGGAAGGUGCCCCAGGAUGGAGACUUUGAGUUUUUGAAGAGUCUGGACUUUGAGGAACUGCAGAUGCGACUGAGUGCCCUGGACCCCAUGAUGGAGCGGGAGAUUGAGGAGCUAAGGCAGCGCUACACAGCCAAAAGGCAGCCCAUCCUGGAUGCAAUGGAUGCCAAAAAACGACGGCAACAGAACUUCUGAAAGUGCU